GUUCAAUUUUUUCUUUUUUACGCACAUUGGCUCAAAAAUUUUUACCGUUUUUCUGCAAACAGUAAGCCUCAUCGAGACUCUCCUAUGAUACCCGAUUCUGCUACGAAGCAAGUCUCUUCGGGAAAAAGAAAGUCUUGGUUCAGCGUGAUUUAUAUUUUCGUCAGAUUUUUUUUUCGAAACUAUCUUAAAAAUUUUCCAUCGCUUAGACUUUUUGGGAAACAAACAAAACAGCUUUAUUGCGUGACCUCAGCAUUAGAUAUGCAAUUAAAUUUAGAUUAUUCUUUACAUAUUCAAAUGAUGCAAGACGACAAAACCUUGAGCGAAAGAAAAAUAGUCCUGCGAUGAAGGAGCAUUAAGCUUCAGCGCGUCAUCAAGUGCGGAGAGGAGACAUUUUUGUACGGAGAGGAGACUUUUGUCAAGAUAGGACUGGUAAAUAGAGAAGGGAAAGUUUCAGAUUAAAACUUGACCUGCUCAAUUAACGAAGUUAGAACGCGGAUGGCGGAUUUUCUUCAAAUCAUAUAUCAGCUUGAGAAAGAUCACUGGUUUGGACUUUUAUUGGGAUUUCUGGUUGUGCUGCUUUAUUGGUUCUGUGUCGCACCAUUUUCUGUGUUUAAGAAACUUGGAAUUAAUGGACCGAAACCAAUUCCGUUUUUCGGAAACUCAUGGGGGAGCACUUUGAAUCGAAACAACCGUCCCAAAAUUCACCAAGAAUGGUGCAAAAAGUAUGGUAAGGUGUUCGGAAUGUAUCUUUUCCGCCAGCCUUUUCUGGUUGUUGCUGACCCAGACAUGAUCAGAGAGAUCCUUGUGAAAGAUUUUCGUAAAUUUCACGAUAGAAAGACUGUUAUAGAAUUUCCAAAGCCUUAUGACAAAAUGUUAACCAAUGUAUCCGGUCAGAAGUGGAAGGAUAUUCGCAACACUCUGACACCAACAUUCAGUGCAUCCAAAAUGAAACAGAUGAUGACUUUUAUGAAUGAAGCACUGGACACUCUAAUGGAGAAAGUGGAUAGAAUUUCGAAAACAGGAGAGAUAGUAGAUUUUCAUCGGUGGCUUCAGAGUCUUACCAUGGAAGUAAUUUUGUCAACAGCAUUUGGAGUCAAAGCAGAAACGCAAACUGUUGAAAACGAUUCAAUCACUGAACUAGCAAAGAAGGCCAUGGCUCCACAUCCUUUCAUUGGAAUUAUGCUGCUAAUGCCGUUCGGAGACCGUUUACUUAAGUACUUUCCGGACCCGCUUGAUUUUAACAAGAUUGGUUCCGUCGCAGCCAGUAUCAUCGCAGAGAGGACAAAAGGAAAAAGCAACGUGCGCAAAGACCUCCUCCAACUGAUGUUGGAUGCAAAAGAUGAAACAGAAGGGGGGAAAAUUGACAACGAAGAUAUCCAAGCCCAAAGUGUCGUGUUCCUUCUCGCUGGAUAUGAAACUUCCAGUACCACCGUGGGGUUUGUUUGUUAUCACCUUGCCAUUGAGACACAUGUGCAAGUCAAACUGAGGGACGAAAUUGAUCGUAUGUGGCCUGAAGACGAGGUAUCUCCUUCGUAUGAUGUCCUUCAUAAGAUGGAGUACCUCGACAUGGUUAUCAAAGAAGCACUCCGAAUGUAUCCACCAGCUUUCACGCUUCAAAGAGAAUGUAAAGAGAAUUGUACUAUAAAAGGGGUUACAAUUCCAGAAGGAAUAGGAAUAUUAAUUCCAUCCUAUGCCAUUCAUCAUGACCCAGAGACCUACCCGGAUCCAGAAAAAUUUGAUCCAGAAAGAUUCACUGAAGCAGAGAAAGCUAGGCGUCAUCCCUACACAUAUAUGCCGUUUGGUCACGGUCCCCACAAUUGUGUCGGUAUGCGAUUUGCUUUGGUGGAAAUUAAGCUGACCCUGGUGAGAUUACUGAAGAAGUACAAGCUGGAGCGCACCGAGAAAACAGCAUUAUGCAUGCAACCUCGGCUAUAUAAACAACAGACCUGCGCUUGCAACGAGCCAACAGCAGCAACAGACUUAUACGCUACAGAUUACUUCACUUCACGCGAAGUAGCACCGAGAAGACCUAGAAAACGUGAAAAGACAAGGGAAAUAUACAGAUUUUACCAUAGCCAGCAGCCGACCUCCCAAAAACAAUUAUUCAGCUGUAAUUAUUUCACCUUCACGCAAACCACAGCAAAGAUGGCGGAGUUUUUGCAAACAAUACUUCAGUUUGAGAAGGAUCACUGGGUGGCACUCCUAGUUGGGUUUCUAGUAGUUUUGUUUUACUGGUACUGUGUGGCCCCAUUCACUGUGUUCAUGAAACUCGGAAUCAAAGGACCAAGACCACUUCCUUUCUUUGGGAACUCAUUGAGGAACCUUUUUGAUCCAAACGUUCUCCCAAAACUUCAUGUGGAAUGGUACAAGAAGUAUGGCAAGGUGUUUGGGAUAUAUUUUUUCCGUCAGCAUAUGCUAAUGGUUGCUGAUCCAGACAUGCUUAAAGACAUUCUAGUGAAAGAUUUCUCUAAAUUCCAUGACAGAAAGCCCAUUGUAGAGAUUCCAAAGCCUUAUGACAAAAUGUUAACCAUUGCAUCUGGUCAGAAGUGGAAGGAUAUUCGCAACACCCUGACACCAACAUUCAGUGCAUCUAAAAUGAAACUGAUGAUGACUUUUAUGAAUCAAGCUUUGGAUACCUUUGUGUCGAAAGUGGACAACAUAUCCAAGACUGGAGAGACUGUGGAUUUCCACAGGUGGCUUCAGAGUCUAACCAUGGAGGUCAUUUUGUCGACAGCAUUUGGAGUCAAAGCUGAAACACAAACUGUUGAAAAUGAUCCAAUCACUGAAUUAGCUAAAAAGGCCAUGGCUCCACACCCUCUUGUUGCCUUCGUGUUGCUUUUACCGUUUGGAGACCGUUUGUUCAAGUACCUUCCAGACCCUCUUGAUUUUGAUAAGAUUGGGUCUGUAGCAGCCAACAUUAUUGCUGAGCGGACUAAAGCAAAUGGAAAUGGCAGUGGACAACGAAAAGACAUGCUUCAAAUGAUGCUGGAUGCAAAAGAAGAAACAGGAGGAGAAAAAAUUGACAAUGAAGACAUUCAGGCUCAAAGUGUCGUAUUCCUUCUCGCUGGAUAUGAAACGUCCAGUACCACCCUGGGGUUUGUUUGUUAUCACCUCGCCUUUGAUUCGCACGUGCAAGACAAACUGCGAGACGAGAUUGACCGUAUGUGGCCUGGGAACGAGGCGUCGCCGUCGUAUGACGUCCUUCACAGGAUGGAAUACCUUGACAUGGUUAUCAAUGAAGCACUCAGAAUGUAUCCACCAGGAUUUGCAAUCCAGAGGGACUGCAACGAGACCUGUACUAUCAAAGGAGUUACAAUUCCACAGGGAAUGCCGAUCUUGGUUCCAUGUUACGCCAUUCAUCAUGAUCCAGAAAUUUAUCCAGAUCCUGAAAAGUUCGAUCCAGAGAGAUUCACCGAGGCAGAGAAAGCAAAGCGUCAUCCGUACACAUAUUUGCCGUUUGGCCACGGUCCACACAACUGUGUCGGUAUGCGAUUUGCUUUGCUGGAGAUCAAGCUGACCCUAGUGAGAUUAUUAAAGAAGUAUAAGCUGGAACGGACCGAGAAAACAGCGGUUCCGUUGGGCUAUGUUGUUGGAUCUGUUCUUACCUGCCCUCCAGGAAAGAUAUUGCUUAAAGUUUCACCCAGAGACUAAAUCAAGAGGAUGUAAUUAACAAUACUUUUCAAAUAAAUAUAUAUAUAUAUAUAUAUGUUUUUGGACUGAUAUCUAACGUCCAAUUUCACUGUUACCUUUGUUACAUAUUAGCAUAUUACUGAACUAUUGAUACAGUAAAUUCCUUAGAAAUUCUUCAAUUUUGGCAAGUAGAAUAUAGCGAAUGUAUAGGGAAUAGGGAAUUUUUUCAAAGCUAAAUAUUUGUCACGGAAUAGUAUUUCUGUUUGCCUAUAGCUGAGAUUUUGUGUUCUAGCUUUGUUCUAGCUUUGUUUUUUACUUUGUUCUAGCUAUUGACGUGAGCUAUUUCUGCUCAUGUUGAGAUAAACGUCAUCUAAGGUUUUCUAUCUAGUUGAGGAAGUCAGUUUUCUUUUAAUUUUUGUGUACUUAAAGGCUCAUCGCAGUUUAUUCUUAAAAACAACGUAAACUCGUGUAUUUUAGAUUGACAAGUUAUCGUGUAGCAUGGCUAUAGUAUUUUUCUCUGUAGUUUGACUUAUACAGUAAAACAUAUACCUUGAAAAGAAAUUUUUAUCAGUGAUAGAAUUGUAACGCGUAGUUUUCUGUUGAUUUAUUGUGACACCGUAGUAACUGAACAGAGAGCAGGUCUCUAUCAUUUAUGAAUCCAAAUGUAAAAUUUUAAUUUUAAAAUUUUAAUUUUAAAAGAUCUCAUUUUUAGCACCAAUAAACUGCUCAACAAAGAAACGAA